AUGACCCUGGUGAACGUAUUUCUGGGUUGGACGCGUGUGGAGGCCUCCGUCUACCUAGCCCUGGCCGUGGCGCUGGCAUGGCAAACCUUGCGAUGGAGCCCCAAUUUGGUCAGCUGGGUGAAUUACCUCAAGACGGGCGUUUCUGUCACGGUGGUAUGGUGCUCCGGCGUCCUUAUGCUGCUGGUGUUUCAUCCCGGGGUCGACAGCCAUGAUAAACCCAAGAUGGGCGAAUGGUCCCGCGCCAUGACAGACCUCAUGCUGGCUGGCCUGGCGCCCGCCUUCGGCGUGGGGGCGCUCAUUUCGUGGGCCACCCUUCGCCGCAACACGGCAGCUGCACUGAGAGGCCUCGAGAACCCUAAGAAGCUGCCGUUGAUCGAAGCUUUCACGAGCAUUGAUGAACCACGUGACGUCGAAAUUGCUUCAAGGUACUGUCGCAUGUGGAAGGAGCCAUGCGUCCUGGACCCGGAUGCCGUCAAUAAGGCGCACAUGUUGAUAAAGGCCGGCUUGGAGAUGUUUCCCACAAGCGCCUACAUGGUGCUGCUGCAUGCCAAUUUCAUGAUUGACGUCCUGGGGGUCAGCCAGAGUGGCAGCCGCCGCAUCGAGGAGGCGCGCAAGCUCAAUCCAAGCCUCAUGUGCCGUUUCAUUAUGUUUGUACGGCAGCAGCAAGCAACGCAACACGCGGCUGGCAGCAGUGUGAGCGCGACUAUGGACCUACUCGGCUACGUGGAGUACCAGCGGAAGCAGCGCAUGGUGGUGCGGCUUCACCGUGAGGCGCUGCAGGCCAUGUGUAACUUCUGGAAAGCCUUGGAUGCUUCUUCCGUGUCUUUCACGCAUCUCAGCAAGUCCCUGGCCAAGAUCGAAACGUCCGUCUCUCAGGCAGGUCACUUGUCCCUCCCAUCCCCUCUAAACGCAUGGGCGCUGCGUGUCCAGCAUGCACGCACAGCUCAGAGGGCAUACCGGGUCGUGCUAGAGAGCUACGGCAAUAACCCCAAGCUGGUGCAUCUAUAUGGCAGGUUCCUCCAAACCAUCAAGAAUGACCCCUGGCACGCGGCGGAGUAUUUCGCUGAGGCUGAACGGCUCGAGGAGAUGCAGGACGGCAAUGCGGGAGGCCCGCUGAUGCCCGAUGGCACACCUCUCUCCCGCAUGGACGAGAUUGAUACUGCUGUGCUGGUGCUGAAUGCUGCUGGCGAGGUGCAGAUGGCCAAUCGGCACACGCAGUUCUUAUUCGGCUAUAAGCGAGGCAUGCUGGAGGGUAAGCCCCUGGCGACGCUGCUUGCUCCGCAUUACGCCAGACGGCUGGCGGAUCGACUAGCGUCCAUCGCCACAUCGCACGAUCUUCUCGCUGUGGCGGACCCCGAGGAGUGCGCCGAGAUGGCGGACGAGACAGUUGUGGGCCUGCACUCCGAUCGGCUGGCAUUCCCAGCCAAACUCGCCCUCCGCAAGGCCUCAGGCGUCGGUGAGGAUUCCACCAUCAUCGCGCUCAUUGAGCCCGUGCCGACGACACCAGGUGUCUCCAGUCUCUGGGUGACGCACAACGGCAUUAUCACAUCAUGUGACCCAUCCUUCGUCUCCAAUUUCGGGUGGAAGGCCUCCGAGGUCAAUGGGACAAGCAUCAAAGGACUUAUCACUUUCCCGGUGCCACAGCUAGACGACACGAUGGACGCUACCAAGCGCCGUUCUGCCGGGCAGGUGGAGCGGCGCACAUCUGUACUAUCCCAGCGCGUCAGUGAGAGUGCCAGUGAGAUCAUAAAGAAGCUGCUGGGGCAGGCAGAGGUGAAAAAGGAGGAUGACGAGGUGGAGAACGGCCGGGAAGGCUCUGGGAUCCUUGGUCGACAGGAGGCCAAGGGGGUGCCCGUCCUAGUGCCUCACAAAUACCUGCGGAGGCCAGUAGCGUGCUCCAUAACAAUUGUUGCAAGUGCCGCGAGGGACUCGCCUGUCGUCCAUGAGAUUCGGAUUAAGGUCGACACGGAGCCCGUACAGUUGCUUGCGGUCAACCGCAAAGGCGUCAUCUUGCACGCCUCCGCCGAGUUGGCCGCCCGCCUGAAGGACUCUUCCACAGCCCGAAUGGGCGCGCUGGCUGACCAUGGCCCGGGCGGCCAGCAUCACCACCACCACGCACAUGAAAGCGGUGGUCACCUGGCGCAUGGCGAGGGGGUUGCGGGCGAAGAAAUCACUACCGUCAGCCCACUGCCGGUUGCGGAACUAACCUGCCGUAAGGAACCCUUCACUGGCCCCACCCUGGAGCUGCGCACUGCGAGUGGGCGCGAGAUCUACAUGCGCGUGGGUGUGGCUACGACUGAGUUCCAGGGCGAGUUAGUCCACAUUGUGCACAUGGCAAGGUCAUCCCUGGAGUCUGCUCUGGCGGAGAGGAGGCUGCGCCUGAGUAUCAACCCGGACGGUCUCAUCGCGGCGGUGGAAUCAGGCAACUCAUCACAGCUGUUUGGCCUGGAGCCCGGCAAGUUUGUGGGCCGCGGACUGUGGGAGAUACUAGAGGAGCAAUCGGAUAAGCCGCAGGCGCCAGUGGUGACGGCGACGGGACGAGGCUCCAACAGGGGCUCCAACACCACCAUCAACAUUCGGGAUGUUGCAAGCCUGAUGAAAAAAGCCGUCAAGUACCCGGGACACAGCUGGCGAGUCCAAGUAGUGCCGCCGCCGUCCCGUCCGGUUGGCGGGUCUAACCGCCUGAGCUUCACUCAGUCCGCCAAGCCGGCCAUCAUGCAGAUGAAAGUGGUAUUACCUGUGGAUACCAACGAAACCGACACCCCGAGCUUGCAAGUGGACCUGUGGCCUGUCCCCUUCGUCGUGGGCGUGCUGGAGAUGGACCAGUAUGGUCGCGUGCGUGCGGUGCUGGAGGAACGCACGCGACCCGCGGGUCUGCUGUUCGGUGUUCCAACCCAGUCACUGGUGGGCUGCCAACUGAACGAGCUGGUGUCGAUGCCUCCGGGACGCACCAAACCUGGAGAACUGCUGUUCCUGCACGGCCACAAGAAGAGCAGCCUCAAGUCACAAGCCAAGGAGGCCAGUGUGAAGGUCGGCCCGAAUCACGUGCUACGCGGUUCGCACCUGGACGGCCGGCCGCUGAGCCUUAAUUUGCAAGUGAUUGGUAAGCCGGGGUCCAACGAGCCCUGUACCGUCAUCCUGAGAGUGCACCAGGCCCCCAUGGUGCCGGUAGUGCUGGUCGCACCGCCACCGCAGCCGCCGGGGCCGCAGCAGCCAUCCAAGUCCCUUUCGACACAGCCACAGCCGCAGCCGCAGCGGGUGCUUUCUAUACGGGCGGGCACGGGGUUCGCUGGCGUGGCCAUCCGUGAGAACGACAGGGUGCCCACAGUCGCUGCGACAGCUCCAGCUUCGGCGAAGCUGCCAACCAGCAAAGUGGACGAUAGCGUCCUCGCAAUGUUUGAGGAUGGCAACGCUGAUGACACCGCAGACGGUGAAGCUGGAAAAACGGAUGCAGUAAUGGUCGCGGCGGUGGGCCGGCCGACGACGGCAUCACUGGAAGACGAUCCCAAGCCACGCGUCUCCAGCCCUUGGCGGCCCCAGAGGGGCGCCAGCUUGCCAGGACCGCCCCAUUCUCCGCCGGCCAUCCGUGCCUUAUCGACCCCGCCAGCAGCGAAGUUAUCCAGCAGCAUGCCACCGGAGGGGUCCUUCAACGCAAUGGCUGCGUCAACGCCUAGGGAGGCCCAGCAGGACAUGGACCCCGGGGUUGCCGCUGGCGGCCCGCCCGAGACGGAUGCGGCGGGCCGUGCGCGCGGGGCCCGCCACGGGCCGCAGAUGGCCGUGGGGCGCAGCAAACUGGCGGACUUAGUCAAGUCCGUGGAGGGAGACCGCGUGGCGGGUUCGGGCCUGGGCAGUGGCCGACUAAUGCAGGCGACGCGCGGUGCGGGGGCGAAUGCUAAGGCGGAGGGGCCCAUCAAGACAUCCUUCAGCGCCGCGCGGCUGCUAUCACCGGUCUUUGGAAAAGGCCAGGGCGGCUUUAAGGUCCCUGGAUCCUUGCAGCAAGAAGAAGAAGAGGAAGAGGACGAUGCCGAAGGAGGGUCGGCGGAGAACGCCGGCGGUGGUGGUUCGGAGGGUGCAGCUUCGAACAGCGAUGACGGCCAUAAUGGAUCCGUGCAUUCGAAGGCCCGCUCUGAAACGGCGGAACGCGUGAAGGAAUGGGUCGCUAGUAAGGGUGCCUAUUACCAGAACUCGCCUAUCGACGGCUCCAUGCCCAUCUCCAGCCCGAUGAGCGACUCAAGGCCUGCCGCGGAGUUCCGGAUCGGCGGGGGCGCCAGCUUGGACGCGUUGCCCCCUCCCGCCGGCGGGCCGGAGGACGACGAGGCAGGGAGUGAUGGCGGCCAGAGCGCUGUAUCGGGAGCCCAGUCAGCAACGGGCAGCGAGUACACCCGCGGAAAACGAUUCCGCAAGCUGGCCAAGCUGAUGGACUCGAGCCAGACUCAGAUGAUUCAGAAGCGCCUGCGGAUCCACGCGCUGAUCGUCGUGGGGAUGCUGGCGUUACUGCACAUCAUUUGCUUCGUGCUCACAAUUACUGCAAUCAAGACGCAGCAGGCCAGCAUGGCACAGCUUGGUCGCAGUGGCCAGGCGCAGCUGUUCCUGCACCGGGUCCUAAUAGAUGUGCGCUCCCUGGACAUCAUUUCCCACAAUAAAGCGCUCGACAACCUCUUCACCGUCAAUGACACACAUCACUUCAUCGCGCGCAUUUCAAGCGACGCAGAGGAACUCAAGGUCCGGUUCAACGAGAUCCUGAGUGCGUAUUCCAACUCCCAGGAGCUUAUGAAUCUGCUCUACAAAACGAAGCGUAGGGUUUGGGACACAAACGAUGCGGACGGCUCGGACCUGUACACCAACCUAACCAUUUGGGAUUUCGCCACUCGCUUCUAUAGCAUGGCAAAACAAGUCGAGCAGCUGCACAGCACCUGGGUGGCAGAAAAGGCCUUCAUUGCGGACACGUACCCUGGGCAGUUCCUGCUCAAGAGUGGGCCCGACCUCUUCAGCGAUUCCCGCAGGAUUCUGGACGCCCUGCUGUACAACGCCGUCAACAACGCCCGACAUGUCGACGUCCUCCAGAUUGUGUUUUUGCUCGUCGAGGGGGCUGGAGUCAGCUUUGUUGCAGCUUGCUACAUCAUGUACCUCCUCCGGGCCGUCGCAGCCCAACGGUUCAAACUAUACGGCACGUUCCUGGUCAUCCCUGUGGGUUUGACCCGGGCUCUGGCGUCUCAAAACACGAACCUCCUGGUCGACGAGGACGAAGAUGAAGAUGGAGAUGAGGAGGAGGAGCGGGCUCAAGCUGCUGUCAUACAGGAGGCUGAGAACGCGGCACCGAAGCUGAGGCGACGCGCCACGUUGAAGGUGGAGGAGUCAGCGGACCCCGGGGAUUCCUCCGGGGUGUCACCAGGCGGCCGCUCCGGGGGCCAUGCUGGCGGCAAGGCACGGCGGGGCUCUGAUAAUGAUGAUCCCUCGGGUCGUAAGCCACCGUACUCGGACCGGUACGACAAGUACGACAAGAUACGGACCCUGACCACUGAGUCGGGCUUGUCAGUGGACGCAAGCAUGGGUUGCUGUGGCUGGAUGAAUUGGAGAUCGCGGCUCCGAAACCUGCUUGUGAGGAGGAGCUCGAUCUUGCCACUACAAAUGUCCAGCUCCAUCAGGAAUGGCAACAAUGGGCAACACGGAAGCGGCGCAAAGCGCAGCCUCAGGAUGGACUCGCACGAAACUGUCAGCAUGUUGCUGCCUUUUGUAGUGUGGUCGAUCAUGGUCAUCACCAUCUAUGCAGUGGCCGUCAUCCGGAUGCAGGGAGUGGACGACGUUGUUGCAGUGCACUCUGUUGUCAACUUCAUGGCUGCUAGGACGUCCCGCACGGUCUUCUUCUGUCAGGAGCUUGCUAACACGGACGACCCGAAUCAGCUGAUGUCCAAGCGGGCGGCGCUGCUGAAGGUCGUCAAGUUGGUGAAGGACGCCUGGUAUACGUUACAGCUCGGAGACCAAGCUUACACCGCCUUGGAGCACUUCGACUAUGUGUACAAUGUUGGUUUCAAGGAUCUCCUGGAUGGCACGACAGGAAUCGCAGAUGCCCAUUACGCUACAAUCCUGCAGCUGUUUAGCCAUAUCUUGCUGCUGCAUAUCAUCCUCUUCUUGCUUUUCUGGGUCAUCUUUGGCGGCUUCCUGAUGUUCAUGCUCAACCCAUUGCUUACACGCAUCGCUCACGAGCGUCGCCGCAUCGCGGAGUUGAUGAGUCAGCUGCCCCUGGAGCUUGAUGUGGAGAGGCUGGUGGCUAGGGCGCUGGGCACUCAGACCUCUGGUCAACAACACGGUGCUGGUGGUGGCGGCGGCGAAGGUGAUCGUACGACAAACAGCAUUGCUGGCCGAAUGGGAGCGAGAGGCCUUUGUCAGUUCUCCGCUGAGAGCCAGAAGCUUCGGGGUGAUAUGAUUGAAGCUGCUAAUGUCGAUAGCGCAAAGGUAUCGGUUGGAAAGGCGUAUCCUGCCAUGGUGGAGCUACGGAAGGAGAUCCUCCAGGACACCGCCAAUAGGGGGUCAAUCUGAAGAUGCCGAAGACUGCAUACUUGCAUCCAUCUCCAUCGCAUCAUGGUUAAUAUAGUGUUGUUUUUGUUGGCACAUUAUCUGUUGUGCAAUGACGGCCUGUGAGGGAAGGAGUGUAUCUAAGCGCGGCUGUUGCGCGUUUUGUUGCUGUAGCCUCCUCAGCCUGACGCAGGAGCGACGAUGAAGGCAGCAGCAGGCUACAUGGGAAGUAAUUUGUAACAUGGGUUUUGAUCUUCAAAACAGGGAAUGUCAUAGUGAUUCCCUCC